UUUGCCAAGCUAUACAAGAUAUAUAUAUAACAUGUUUCUAUAUUAUUAAUUUGAUUAUAGAAAAGAAAAAUAAAUUAACUCCAAUUAAUUGGCCAAGUUCUUGAACAGUGUUUGAUAUUAUUAUAACUGCAGUGUCAUAGUCAUCCUUUUGCUAGUUGGCCCAUUUAUUGCACUUGUCUUUUGCUUUCCAUCCCCCUUCACUAAAUGCUAUUUGCCUCCCUUUUUUCUCUAUUCUUCCUUACCUUUUGUCACUGUGUUUGCAGGUUCUUUUUUUUUUUUGCUUUUCUUUUUCUCUCUCUGCCCUAUAACUAGGGUUUCCUCUUACUGAACUCUCACAUCUGAUAGUAAAACCUCAUCAAAGGAAUUUUUCCAUCUUUCAUCAAUGGCUGCAUAGUCUUUUCUUUCUUGGGACAAUCAAAGUAUAGAUCUUGAAAGAGCCUAUACAAAGAAAGAAAAGGUAUAGCAUUCCUGUUCUCUCCUGAAUCAUCAAAGAAACCUAGUCAUAGAGAUAAGAAUUUAAUCACAGGUUUCCCACAUGGAUUGAUUGCUAUUCUUGGAAUUUCCAGUUUUUUCAGGAAUUUUUUCCUAUAAGGGAAAAAGAAAAAAGAGAUCCACAGCUCUUUAAUAUCAUGGGUCUGUAACAGUAUUUUAGUUGGAACAAUAAGAAAUGAAAUUUUGGAGAGAGCGACAGAGAGAAGGAUGAGGGAAGUGAGAGGAAGAACGAGGCACAUAGCAGAACUAUUUGACCAAAUUUUCAAGAAUCCUAAAACAGGAUACUACAUUUACACAGACACUUAUGCUCUCACUAUUUAUUAAUUUUUGUACAUAUUAAUUUGUUUUCUUCUAUUUCCUUUUCUACUAUUUGUCGGAUUUUAGGUAAAUUUCAAUUUUAAAUGAUCACAUAAUUAGUUUUUAAAUUAUAUUUAAGAAAGUCAUAAAAUGUUUUGCAGGCCAAAAAAGUAAAAGAAGUUUGAAAAAAGAUAUAUAGGAAGGAAGUUGUGUGCGCUUCAUGUAAAGUGCUUAAUAGUACAAAAAGAAAUUUUGCAUACAUUUGUCCUCACAUGAAUCAAUUCUUUGUUCAUGAAAGGAGAACAUUUAAUUUUCUUUUCUAAAAAAAAUAUAUCCUAAAAUACCAUCUUUUAAAAGCAUAUUUAACAUAUUUUAUUUACCUGCCAUUCUUUAUUUUUUCCUUAAAGAACAUGAAAGUAUAAUUAUUUUUUGGGGGAUUAAUUGCAUCAUAUAUAUAUAUGUAUAUAUAUUUAUAGGUAGAUGAUGGCUUCUUCCAGUGCCUAUUCAAAUUCUCCAUGUGCUGCUUGCAAAUUCUUGAGGAGAAAAUGCUUGCCAGAUUGCAUAUUUGCACCCUACUUCCCACCAGAAGAGCCACAAAAAUUUGCAAAUGUUCAUAAGAUAUUUGGUGCAAGCAAUGUGAGUAAGUUACUGAAUGAAGUGCUUCCUCAUCAAAGAGAAGAUGCAGUGAAUUCUCUUGCCUAUGAAGCUGAGGCGCGAAUGAAAGAUCCUGUCUAUGGUUGCGUUGGUGCCAUUUCUGUCCUGCAAAGACAAGUUAUUAGGCUCCAAAAAGAGUUAGAUGCUACUAAUGCCGAUUUAAUUAGGUACGCUUGCAAUGAUCAGAUGCCUCCACCACCACCAACUAUCACAUCAUCAUCAUCAUCUCAAUUUGGAAGAAGGAGCGGUCAUGGAUCAGGAGUUUCUUAUGAUCAAAAUUCUGGGUUUUAUUAUCCUCCUCCUUGGAAUAAUCAUGAUGACAUUCAAGGGAGAGGAGGUCAUGGUAGCAUGUAGCUAUCAAUUUGUUGUAAUAUUAUGUGCAAUGUCCAGUAUCGUUAUAUUAGCUGGAAGAGAGACUCAUUUAGGGUUUCUGCUGUGCAAUUAUAUAUUGAUUACCCUGUAUUAUCCAUCUCAUGGCAGAAGUAAUAUAGAUGUAGUUUUGCUUUAUGUAUAUGUAUUUAUACAUGAUGAAUCUUGCAGAUACCUUUUGAUCUUUCUAUAUCA